CGUAUGAAUGAAGCUGAAAGCAUUGUCUCUGACAGCAUUCUCCAAAAGUUGGUAAAAGCGGUCGAGAGUGAUCUUACCGCAGACCGGCAAACUCCAUCAGAAGUCAUUGUACCGGCUUCCUCUCUUUGUUGGCGAUGUCACUCCCCUGCGAAGUACAAGUGCCCGGGGUGUAGUUUAUCUUCUUGUAGUUUACCUUGCGUUAAAUUACAUAAAAUUGAAAAAGACUGCAACGGGCAACGGAAAAGAACAACUUUCGUUUCCCUUAAAGAUUUUACUGAUUCUCAACUCUUGAGUGAUUUUAAAUUUCUUGAGGAAAUCCGAAGUUUACCAGAGAAAAGUAAGAGAACUUAUUUGCGAAAGGGUUCCUUGUCCAGACGAGGGAGCAUUCUUAAGAAAGCCUGUGUUAAAAGAAAAAUUUUUCUUUCCUUUGCUCCGCUAAACUUUUCCUUUAGAAAGAAGAAUCCGUCAUUCUUUGACAUCCAAAAGAAUUGCAUUUUUUGGAAAGUUUCUUUUAAGUUUAUAAAACUGAAGCGCCAGCUCCACUUGACGAAUGUGGCGGAAACGGCGAUGUUCCAAGAAGUGCUGUUUGGUGGUUUUGAAACAUGGAUCGGCACCGCUGAAGACGAGAGCGACAAGGAAACGCUAAAGCUCUACCGCUCAGCCGGCCUUCAUAAUUUAACUGUCUUUCUGGAAAGCCGCCCCGCAAGAAUCAAGAUUUCUGCCGAAUCAGAGAUGACACUUCGCCAUUUGCUGUGCGGGAAACAAAUCAUCGAACAUCCCGUUUUUCUUGUUUGUUUAAAAACGGAAUGCGAGGAUUAUGAAUCGCUGUGCUUACUUGAAGAUGUUGAAAAAAGCAGCAGCAGUUCUGCUUCUAAAAGUUCGAGUUGUAGUGAGUAUGCCGACAUUUAGUGAAUCGCAGCCGAUUAAUAGUAAAAUCUCUUUAAAAGCCUCAAAAACAGUUAAAAAGAAGUGCGUUACUUUGUUAUCGGUACUUACAGGCCGUUGCUGAAAGAUAAUUUCGUGGUGGU